AGAAAAUCAAAUCAGGGCUGUAAAAUAAUUUAGUUUUAAUUAAUAUUACACUGAAUAUAUUUUUUUGUAAGUUUAAAUAUAUACAAUGAGUACUCCUAAUCCUGCCCCUCACAUUGAUCGUGAGUUAGACUUAUCAAAUACGGGUAGAGGUGUGUGGUUAGUAAAGGUUCCCAAAUAUAUAGCAAAUAAAUGGGACAAAGCACCUGGUAAUAUAGAAGUUGGUAAGCUGAAAAUAUCCCGUGUACCCGGGCAAAGAGCCCAAGUUCAGCUGUCACUGUCCGAAGCAGUUUUAUGCCUGAAGGAUCCUGGUGAACAGAACAUUCCCAAGGAGCAUCGUCUUGACGUGUCAAACGAGACUAGACAAUCUUUGGGAGUAUUUUCUCAUGUUGUGCCAUCUAAUACAGACUCAGUUAUACCAGAAUCAGAAAAGCUAUAUAUGGAAGGAAGAAUAGUUCAAAAGUUAGAAUGUAGGCCUUAUGCUGAUACCACUUACUAUAAAUUGAAAUCAGAAUCCAUAAGAAAAGCAUCUAUGCCACAAAGGCAGGUGCAGCAAUUAGAGAGAAUUGUACAAAACUUCAAACCUGUCUCUGAUCACAAACAUAAUGUGAGUGUUUAUUUCAUUAACCUUUCUCUACUACAAUUAUGGGUUAAAUUAGGGUAUAAUAUGUACAUUAGGGUGUUUCAUUAUGCUAGACAAAAAAAAUAACUUAUUUUUUUUGCGGGCUUCACUCACCUCCCCGAGUCUCAAUGAUAUAAAAUUAUCCAUGCCAAAUUUCAAGAAGAUUCGAAAAAUUUUACAGAAUAACUAUAUUUAAAAAUUUUAUUAAAAAUACAUAUAAUAAACAUAAAUUCUAAUUAAAAUAUAAAUUAAAAUAAACGGGCGUCACAGUCGUGCUGUAUAUUAACCAACAUUGUACCGCAAAAAUUCCUUCUGUCAGCCACUUGGUUACUUUUUUCUGUUAUGUUACGUUUUAGUUCAAAGAAAUUCCUCUUUUUGCAUGAUCAUUGAUAACCUUAAGAGCAUACACAUACUUUUUCAUUGUAUCAUCAGAGUAUUCAGUCAUGUCACAUAUAACAAUCAAUCUAGAACGAAAAGUCAGGUCAGUUCAAUUCCUUCACAAGUUAGGUUUUUGUCCCCGUUCCUUUUAAUUUUAUUAGCAUGUUAAAUAUUUUAUCAUUUUUCUUGACAUCCUGAACACGUUUAGCUAACGGCAAUCCUAUGUUUGUUUCUCUCUGUCAAAUAUCAAUGUAAGGUGUUUUAUUGUUGGGCAACUGCAACAUUUUGUUUGAUGUUGGUAGGGAUUGAAUAUCAAGAAAGGAAGAAAGCAGAAGGCAAGAAAGCUCGUGAUGACAAAGAUGCAGUGCUCAAUAUGUUGUUUGCUGCAUUUGAGAAACAUCAGUAUUAUAACAUCAAAGAUUUGCAAAAGAUUACAAGACAACCUAUUGUAUAUUUAAAGGAAAUUCUCAAAGAAGUCUGUAAUUACAAUCUUAAAAAUCCACAUAAAAAUAUGUGGGAAUUAAAGCCAGAAUACAGGCAUUACAAACAGGAUGCGCCUGCUGAAACUAAAGAAGACAAGCAAAGUUCAGAUAGUGACUAAUGAUAAACUUGUUGACAGUGGUUUUUCUAAAUUUAUAGAAUUGUAUAUAUACAUUACAUGUUAAAAGACUGUCUAUUAUAGUUAUAUAUGC